AUGACUCCGCUGAGUCGGCCGGUGAAGGACGGCGAGAGCAUCGAGCGGGUGCGGGCGCUGUCGGGGCAGGCGGGGCCAUCGGGGCAGCGGCUGGGAGCAAUUACGCUGUCGGACCAGGUGUUGGGCUACGGCAGCCACGGCACAGUGGUGUAUCGCGGCGAGUUCCAGGGCCGCGCGGUGGCUGUCAAGCGGCUUCUGCUGGACUUUUAUGACGUGGCCGACCACGAGGUGCAGGUGCUGCAGGAGAGCGACACGCAUCCGAACGUGAUUCGCUACUUCUGCACCGAGCGCCACGACCAUUUCAUGUACAUUGCGCUGGAGCUGUGCUGCGGGUCGCUGGCCGACGCGGUGAUGCAGGCGCCCAAGGCUGCGCUGGCCCAGCAGCUGCUGGCAGCCAUUCCGCGCAAGCAGGUGCUGCACCAGCUGGCCCGCGGGCUGUACCACCUGCACGCGCUGAAACUGGUCCAUCGCGACAUCAAGCCGCAGAACAUCCUGAUCGCUCCCCCGCCGCACCGCCGUCGCCGGGCAGCCGCCGGGCCAGCGUUUGCCGACUCCAAUAUUGUGGCCGGCGGCACACCGCGUGUGCUGAUCAGCGACUUUGGGCUGUCGCGCAUCCUGGACGACGACGAGAGCUCGUUUGCCAACACCUUUACUAUGCGCGGCAUCGGCGGCGGAACCGUCGGCUGGCGCGCGCCCGAGUGCUUCGACUCGCCUGACGCUCGCAAUGCGGCGAUCAAUGGCACGACGGAUAGCACCGGUACCAACCACACGUCGACGACCGACCGCGGGCUGCUUGUGGGCGGGUCGCGGCGACGCAUGACGCGCGCGGUGGACAUCUUCUCGAUGGGCUGUGUGUUCCACUACGUGCUGAUGGACGGCGAGCACCCGUUCGGCGACCGCCUGAGCCGCGAGCAGCGCAUUCUGGCCGGCCGCCCAGACCUGCGAGCUCUGCAGGCCAGCAGCAUACCGUCGGCGAUCGAGGCGGCCGAUCUGAUCGCACAUAUGGUUGCGCGUGACGAGCGCAGCCGCCCGAGCGCCGCCAGCGUUCUGGUGCAUCCGUACUUUUGGGAUGCUGCCCAGCGCCUGGCGUUCCUGCAGGACGUGUCCGACUGCCUGGAGGCCGAGGCGCGUCUGAUCAAGGCUGCGCGCGAGAGCGCUAUGGCUGAGGCGGUGGACGGCGGUGUUCCGGCGCGCCCGGUGUUCUGGGACCGGCGCCUGGACACGCACCUGCGCCGGGAUCUGGGCAAGUUCCGCAAGUACGAUGCCACGCGUCUGCGCGACCUGCUGCGCAUCAUCCGCAACAAGAAGAACCACUACCAGGACAUGCCCGAGCCGCUGCGUCUGGCCCUGGGCGAUAUCCCUGACGGCUACCUGGCGUACUUUGAGUCGCGCUUCCCGUACCUGCUGCUGCACUGCUACUACUUUGUGCUGGAGGACGACUCUCUGCGCACCGCCACCAUCUUCAGGCCCUAUUUCCGCGCCCCGGCGCUGUAG